CAAAUUUGGCUGCCGGUUUGCGCUGAAGUGCUUUUCGGUGUCUUGUUUGUUUUUCCAGAUUUUUAUCCCUAUUAGUGCUUUAUCCACCUAAGUCCGUUAAGUUGAGCCUCUGCUCCUUCGGCCGUGUCGAUUUUGUGCUUGAGGUGAUCGAAAUCUUGUGAAUUUUGUGCUUGAGAUAGGACUCGUUGACCCGUUUUGUGAUAAUUAAUAUUUAUCAUGUCUAAUAGAAAGUGUUGUGUUCCCGGAUGUACAAAUGGCUUAGACACUACGGGGUAUUUACAUAAAUUCCCUAAUCCAGAUAAGGAUAGGCAGCUAUUUAAUACAUGGGUCUUUCAUAUUGGUGGUGACAUUUUGCAACUUGAAAAUAACCAUAUUUUCAAAUACCGCCGCGUCUGUAAUGAUCAUUUCGAACCAAAAUAUUGGUGCCGGAAUAACCGACUUGCCAAAGGAGCUGUACCUACAAAAAACAUGCCAGGAUUAUCUUGCUCGAAAUUCAGCAUUGAAAAAAGAGCACUAAGACCUCUUCAGAUUUCAGGACCGUCUACAUCAAAAGAACCUGCGCAUCUACAUAUACACUCACAAGGUUCAAUUGAAGAUGUACAAAUGAAAGAGAAUCUUGAUCCUGUCACUUCAGAAUCUCAGUCUGUACACAGUGAUAGACAGCCUCAUAGUGAAGAAGAAAAUGUUGAGGUGGUGAAAGAUCUUGUGCAUCGCAAAGUUAAAUGUGUUAGUAAGAAGGCGGUAAAACAGGUUGCUGUUACGAAAACUGAGCGUGCUCUGUAUCAGAAAAUGCUGCAAGUUGGUGUGAAACUCAGCAAAUGCCGUAGCAAGGUUAAAAAGCAGGCAAUCAAGAUCAAGGCCCUGCAAAAUAUUACUACAAACCCUCAAUUUUUAGAAACUCUAGACAAAAUGUCUAGCACAUCAAAAUUUUAACUUUGCUGCAGUUCAGGGAGCACAAAAAGGAAAAAAAAGGCCGGCGUUUCACAUUAGAGGAAAAAAUUGUAGCUUUGACUAUCCUCAAGCAAAGCCCAAAAGGAUACAGAUUCCUGAGGAAAAUCUUUAUCCUGCCAUCACAUAAAUUUUAAUAAAAUUAAUUAAUAUGGCAGAUAUAAAUGCUGGUAUCAAUAAAAAUUUGAUGGCACAAAUAAAAAAGCCACACUUAAAAUGAAACCAGAGCACAAAUUAUGUGUGGUUCUUUUGACGAAAUGUCACUAAAACCGAAUGUGGCAUACAAUGAAAGGAAGGACAGAGUGAGUGGGUUUGUAACCAAUGGGCAAGAGACACUGCCUGAGUAUGCAGAUCAUGCGCAGGUAUUUAUGAUAAGAGGACUUAUAAAAAAUUAUAAGCAACCCGUUGCAUACACAUUUUCUCAGUCUGCCACAAAGGGACCAGAACUGGCAAAACAAUUAAAGGCUGUCAUCACAGAACUACAAAAUGCUGGUCUUAAUGUGGUAGCAACAGUGUGCGACCAAGGAACAAAUAAUGUUAACUGCAUUAAAUUCUUGUUACAAGAAACAAGAGGUAUUCUGUUAAGAAAAUCAGAAGAACCUGAGGGAAAUAUUAUUUUAAUAAAUAAACAGGAAAUCAUUCCCUUGUAUGACCCACCUCACUUAAUGAAAUGUAUAAGAAAUAAUUUAAUAACGAAAAAUCUACUAUAUAAAAAAGACAACAAAAUGCUAAUGGCAAAGUGGGAACACAUAACUGCACUGCACCAAGAAAACCCAGGCUACAAAGGCAUAAGACUGGUGCCAAAAUUAACAGACUCCCACUGCAUUCCCAGUAAAAUUCCACGGAUGAAAGUUAAAUUUGCUACGCAACUAUUCAGCCAAACUGUAGCAUCAAAUAUGGGCUACCUAGCAGGUAAAUAAACUU